CACUCACAAAGGUGCCGUGCCCGAAACGCCACAUUCAAAUCCAACUCUGAGUCAUUUCGGAUCCGCGAAUUUACAAAGCUCAGACGCUCCACUUCCUCUCCAAUGGCGGUGUGACCAAACCACACAACACCACCACAGACCACUCCAGCGCAAAGAAGAAAAAUAUAUCACCCCAACCCCUCCGCUCCGCGCAAACCAACCCCCCCAGCAGUCUUCUACUUCGCCAUCUUCAACCGCUCACGUCACAGCCUUCCGUCCUCCUCAGAUCUGAUUGAUUUGACUCAACGACUGCUUUAAACUGAUCUAUAUGCUUGUUUUACGGCCUGGAUUCACUGCAAUCAACGACGAUCUGCUCAGGUUUUGGUACUUGUGGAGACGAUUUAAAACUCGGUGUUCAUUUUCGAGCAAAUAAAACCCUAAUAGUAGUCUGUUUUUAGAUAUUUUGAUUGAGGCAAGGUAGUUAGUUGACUUGGUGUUAGUAAAUCGGUUUGAAACGCACUUGGUACUCUUGUCUUGUGGUUAUUGUGUAUAAGAGGGACUUAGUUCAGUUACGAUGGAGACGCUUGUUGUUCUUGAUGAGCAUAGAAAUGAGUUCUACAACAGGAGGGCUCAAGGCCCUGCUAGGUUUGGUUCAUCUCCUUCAAGGGGAUUUAGAGGUAUCAAUUGCCGUACUUUUCAGUCCGGUGGAGUAGGGAUACUCCCGACCCCGUUAAAGGCUGUGACGAAACGGGCUUGUUCUUCUUCGCCGAAAACUCCAUCACCCUCUGUGAACCCUCACGCCGAAGGAUCUAAGAAAAAAGUGGUGAAGAGUAAAUCUAUCCCCAUUGGUAUUAAAAUUAGAGCUGAUCUUAACAAGGAGGGUUUUUUCUUUGAGGGUUUUCCUUACUCUGAGCUGUGGGCCGGACCCGCUUACUCCAACUCGCCGCCUCCUAGUUCUUUGCCCAUACCCACAUUUCCACUUUGCUCGAAAAGGGCUGUCUCACUUGACUUGCCUGAGAAAUCAACCUCCGAUAUGAAUUUCCAUCCUGUAGCCAAGUCUGCACCCUCUUCGCCCACGAGGGACCAUAGCAUCUGUUUCUCUAGGAGUUUCUUUCACAGUGAUGACUCUGCGACGAAGACCCUGCGUCGCAUUCUGAAUCUUGACAUUGCAGAUGAUUGAAGUGAUGGGAGCUGAGGGCUCCUGUAAAUAAACUUUUGUACAUAGAGAAUAAAGUAGUGUUGACUAUCUAGAGGUUUUACUUCAGUGGUGUAGUGGUGGUAAAGAAUAAGUGGUGGCUGGUUGUUUGACAAAUCUUCAGAUAUUGCUUGACAUUUAAGGUGGGGUUCAGUUAUGCAUUUCUUCACAAGAUGCUGUUGGGUUACAAGACACAGGGAACUGUUAAAAUGUUUCAGAAGCAGAAGUGGUAGCAAUGGAUGGGAAUUUGCUAGGGGUAGUGUUUGAUAUCAAUGCGGUCGUUUUAGGUGGGUUUAUGACAGUGACUACUAAAUACUCAUUCAGCUUAAAAGGAAGCUGAUUCUACUUGAUCGACGAAGAUAGGUGACGUGGAGUGGGGUGAAUGCCCCACCCGCAAACCCCCAGUGAUCUACGGAUGAGCUGUUCCUUGGAGGAUUUACAAUUAGGGAUACAUGAUUACCUAUUCUAUUACAUGAGUGUACUUCAUUAGGUUUAGGGUCUUACUUUCAUAUACUUUGUAUAUAAUCUAGAAUCCUGACUCUAUUGCUUUCACAACUUCUGUAGGAUUUUUGUUUAUUGGUGAUUAUAUCUUCCUUUGGUCCUUAAUCAUGUCUCUAGUGUCGUUAGGUGUUACCUCUCCUAUAUAUAUCUAAUCUUGCCAGGCGUAGUGGUCUUAGCCUAUCCUUUGCUUUCUUCCACCUCUUUCUUGUGGCUCAUCUGGCCUGAAUGGGCUGCUCCAUCUGUUUUCUUCAUUUGCGCCAUUUCCUGUAUUGUUUCUUUCUUUCAGCUUAGGUCUUGACUCCUAUGUCUUCACUCUGAGAGAGUGUUGCAUUCCCCUUCACCGUCUUUUCUGCUUUUUAAAUUGGAAAGUGGGAAGGGAAACUAGUACUUAAUUGCCUCAUCGUCUCUCCAUUGCUUAGACCCCAAUAGUGUGAUGUGUGUUUCGUCGUCCAACCCCCGUCACUUUAUGUUCGUGCUCUCUGGUACUAUCUUUGAGUCUUUGUGAGGUUCAUGUGAGUUCGGAUCUUGGAGAUUGUUGAUCAUACCAAGCCAUUCACAAGGAAAAAGGGAGCCAAUCGAAGGAAUUCAGGAGGUUGUUUUUCAACCAAGACGUGUUCUUCGACAGAGUUCCGUAUUUUCUUUUUUGCUUACUGGGUCCUUUUCUUGGAUCUUUCUUGUUUUUCUGUUUUCUUACGCUUUAGUCUUUUGUGGAACCAUAUGCAGUUGAUGUUCUGUUCAAGAGUUGGUAUUAUCUUACUGUGUUUUUGUCUUUUGAAACCUGCAUCCGUUAGUUUGUGGGAGCUAAUAUGUAAUGUGGUAUGGUAUCUAUGGAUGAUAGUAGCUGAUCUGUUCCUUUGCUUGUAGUUUGUGGGAGCUAAUAUGUAAAUGUGGUAUGGAAUCUAUGGAUGAUAGUAGCUGAUCCGUUCCUUU